AUGGAUGGACCUGAUUUGAGCCGGCAUCCUUUACGUUAUAAUUCUCACAUGUUCCAAAGCCAAACGUACCCCUGUGAUGGUCAGUCUAUCAUAACCUCCGAUUUUAUACCCCCAUACUAUGAGCCUAAAGCUAUGACGGUUACUUACGUGCGCAGUCACGAGCGAUCUCACACUCAAGCGUCCUUUUACGAUCCCUGCAAUAACCCAGCGUACGCCCACCUUAACAUGCAUUCCACCUUGCAUGCACCAACUUGGCAAGCCUCCGUCGGAGACUGUUCACUGUGCGGCUCCGCCACGGUCGUCGCAGUGGAAUCUCACAACACUGAGGAGCACAAUGAACAAGUGUUUUCUGCACCUGUCCGCAUCGACCCGAGCAGCUGCAGUGGAGUAUGUAUGACCACAACUGGCACUGCCUCGCCCCGCUUGGCGUCGGACAAGCUACGGCCCCAAAAGGCACACCAACCAGCAGCUUGCCAGCCGGUGCUCCGGAUAAAGAGUGAUCCUUGCGAUGAGGGCGCAUUUCAGGAUGCAAGCAGCCGACAUAGUUCAGAGGAUGAUAGUAGUUCAAAUCCUGCGGGCAGCUUUACGAACCAUUCUUUCAACGAGUACGCGGAUCGGACCACACUGAGUGAUAUGACCAAGCUGUCCAACAUUGAUUGUCUCAACUCGCCCUGUCCGCUACGAUCUGCCAAUUUGGAUCUAGCCAAGAUGAUAUCACGCAACGUGCGUCAGCUAACACUGCUAAACCCUGCGCAUCCGGGGCAGGCAGAUAAAUCUCCUAGACGACUGGCAACAGUGAGCUGGUCUAAAGCUUAUAAACCCGAUCUACACUUGGUUCCUCCGUUCAGUCUGUUUGAAUCCACGCAUUCAUUGGGACUGCCGGUAGUAGAAGAGCUGGGUUCCCCACCGUCACGAGAACAUGUGCUCUCUGGCGCCCAGUACUCAUGGACAACUUUGAAUUCCGCAAAUACAGCGAUGGCAAAUCCCCUGGGCCACACAGAAUCCUCUAUCUACUCAUCCACAUUCCCCUUCGGAUUCGAGCAGUCGACACUCACGGAAACAGGCUACUCGGAUGGUUAUCUGCAAAAACGAGUUCCCGAAUUCCCUACCUGUUAUCCCACCUGUCCGGAUUUUCAUUCCAUGACCGAGUCUCUAUGGUCUCAGGCAGGGCAUAUUGUCUCCCGGAAUUCUAAACGCGCAUUCUUCGCAAGGCAGCAAGCUUGUCGACCCGACCCGAUACAUGCCACCAAUGCGGAUACCACGCUGGCCAAAUUGACUGGCAGUGAUCAACCGGGUGUUCCUUCGUUCACCCAGACAACGCUGCCAAAGCCAGAGAAUCGGGUGAAUGGAUUUGAGGAGGAGGAGUUCGACGUGACGCCGUGUGCGAACAACACCGACGUGCCCGGACGACCGAGGAAGGAACGGACUGCUUUCACCAAGCAGCAGAUUUGCGAGCUGGAGCGCGAGUUUACUGUGCACAGCUACCUAACGCGCUUACGGCGCUAUGAGAUAUCUGUCGCCCUGAAUUUAACGGAGAGGCAGAAAUGCGUCUCUCGUUCUCCUACACCACCGAUUUCGCUCAGUUCCCCAAGGGAUUGGAUGCGAACGUUUUAUAAACCUACUCACAUGGGUGGCAGCGCUUGUGCGAGCUGCGUUAACUUAGUACCGGAUGGGUGGACAAACUGGUGCAUCCACAUUUAUCACGCGUCAGGAGGUUAUGGGUGUCCGGUCUACCGUCAACCUGUUCGUAGGCUAGUGUUCACCGGUAGCCGCUUUUCCACUACACUGCGCAGGAUGAAAUUCAUCGUCGGAGCGGUAAAACGUUCGGAGACUAGGGGGACGGCAAGAAAACUGCGUGUAAUCUACUCACACGGGAUAGCUGUGAAAGAGAUGUCGAGUUUUGCUUUCGCUCCCAACGACGACCAGAUCGAAAACAUGGGCUGCGGUAAACCGCCUUGUAUGUUGGUGACUUUGUAUUCCCGAAAGUCCACCCACGAUGUGGCAACAUCUCUCGAACAAAUCAUACGUAGGCGCAACCGGGGUAGUCAAAUUGAUUUGUUGGUCUGA